AUGUUUAGACUAUCUGUACUAAGAUCAGCAGGUACAUCAACAGUGGCAUCUCAAUGUCGUGGGAUAAUCCUCCCUGCAGCGGCAAUGUAUACAUUGAGUUCAUUCAUAUUUGGUAAGGACGCAAGGUUAGCGGAUGCCAUGGAACGUGGUGAGUUACAUAACAAGAACGUUGAUUAUGCAAAAGAGGCCAAAGAACGCACUGAGUCGCGUAUCAGAGCUCUGGCCAAUAGCAGACCAAUGAAACCUCGGUACGAAGGCCAUGUCCCUCUUUAUCGAUACGAGAAAUUGUUAUUGUUUGCAAUUUCCGGCUGGAAUUCAUUCUUCCAUCCUGAGGAUGGUUACAAUAUCGUCCAGCUGGGCGAAGCUACUGCCUUGCCUAUCUUUUUAGAGAGCUUGAAGCAAACAAUGCUUAGCGAUUCCUCUGGGAGACGUAUUUUAAAGGAACAGCCCAAUAUUACAACUGAUACUUUGCACAUAGAAAAGUUGGCUAAAUUGCCACAUAAUACCUUUGGCUACGUGUACUAUCAAUGGCUGAAAAGAGAAAAUGUUUCUCCAGACACCAGAGCGCCCGUAAAAUUCAUCGAUGAUCCUAUGCAUGCAUACAUCUUCAAGAGGUAUAGACAAUGCCAUGACUUCUACCACGCUAUAACCAACAUGCCUAUUAUAAUUGAAGGGGAGGUAACUAUAAAGGCUCUCGAAGGUGCCAACUUGGGCGUCCCCAUGGCUAUACUUGGUGGUUUUCUUGCACCUUUGCGUCUAAAAAAGGUCCAGAGAAAAAGACUAUAUGAUAUAUACCUACCCUGGGCUGUCAGAACAGGUUUAAGCUGUAAACCAUUGAUCAAUGUGUAUUGGGAGGAAAUGUUGGAGAAGGACGUCGCUACUUUAAGGAAAGACCUGCAAAUAACACUUCCUCCAGAUCUAAGGACAAUGAGAAAGAAUCGUGCAGCCCUCAGAAGUGAGAUUGAUGCAAAAUACAAUUCACACAAAUGA